CGAUGGAGGGGCUGUUCUGCUAAAACUUGGGGCUUUACCGCAUAAGAGCACUCGACGGUCGCCGGAGGUCGGCGCCGUCCCGUUGCCUCUUCACCGCCUGGUGGCCUCUCCCUCUCCUUCUCAGACGGGGUUGGCGCCUACUUGCUGCUCGCCCGCCGGUGCCGAUCCUCGGAUGAUCUGCUAGCUCCCUUCAAUUAUCUCUUGACAGUGUGAUGCAACCCAGUGAUAGCAACAAUGUCGAGCGCAAGACUGUUAAAGAUGUCUCUCACAAUCUGAUGUCUCGUCUACUGGUCUUCUGAUUCCUUUAACCUUGGGAUUAGCGUAGCUUUUAGCCGAAUCGUAGAGCUGAGACUGGAGCGUCCGGAGGUCAAGAACGCCAUCAAUUGGGAGACCAUGAGGAUGCUGCUGGGCGCGGUGGAGAAGCUUGAGGCCGACGAGACUGUGAAGGUCGUCCUGGUAACGAGCUCCGUGCCUGGAGCUUUCUGCGCAGGCGCCGAUCUCAAGGAACGGAAACUAAUGAGCUCUUCUGGAGUAAGAGAAUAUGCGAACUCCUUGAGGUCUACAUUCUCAGCCUUUGAGGCACUCCCUAUUUCAACAAUUGCUGUCAUUGAAGGAGCUGCUUUGGGCGGUGGGCUAGAACUGGCACUUUCAUGCGACCUCCGUAUAUGUGGAGAAGAUGCAACUCUUGGCCUGCCAGAAACAGGGCUUGCUAUCAUUCCUGGAGCUGGGGGCACGCAGCGUCUUCCUAGGAUUGUUGGAAGAUCUAGAGCGAAGGAGAUAAUAUUCACCGGCCGUAGGUGCAAUGCAUCUGAAGCUGUAAUGAUGGGGCUAGCAAACUACUGCGUUCCAGCAGGGGAGGCCUAUGAAAAGGCUCUCGAACUCGCCCACGAGAUAACCCAGAAGGGUCCUCUGGGGAUCAGAAUGGCCAAGAAGGCCAUUGAUCAAGGUAUGCAGGCAGCAGACAUGCCGUCGGCGUUGGCUGUCGAAGGCGAAUGCUACGAGCAGCUGCUGAACACGGAGGAUCGCCUUGAAGGCCUGGCCGCAUUUGCCGAGAGGAGGAAACCUGUGUACUCCGGGAAGUAGUGCCGUGCCAUGGUGUCCAGGGUCCAGUCGUGGACCUCGUGGUGAUCAUCUUGGUUACCUCAGUCCUGGUGACUUUAGUCGAGAGUAAAUAAAAAAAAAAAGGAAAUUUGAAGUCGACGGAUUCCUUUGCACUUGCCUAUUUGGCGCUAGACGUGCGGCUGCCGGACCGAUCACAGCGACGGCGGCGGCGACAGCCGAGGUGAUCCCCAGCUGCUCAAUUUCCCGGCGACCAUGGAGAUCUUUCCGGCGAGAAGGAGAUUUUUUUUCUCUUUUUUAUUUAUUUUAUUUAAUAAAUUCAAAAAUAGAUUUUUGUUUUCAAAAUAGCAAAUAUAACUAUAUUUAUCUAGCUCGUCAUUGGUGGGUUAGAUUUGCUAAUUUUUAGUAAAAU